CACCGUUUGGUAAGGGCUCAAAACCCUAGCACAGAUUCUACUCGAUUCUCCUCGUUCUUCGCUCGACACUCUGAAUUCAUGCUGUAGUCUGAUUUUUGCUGAUUGUGUCUUGUUCUGGCUCUCCGUUUAGGAUUCUGAGUGUGAGCUGGUGAAUCCGGAGUGCGUGAAAAUGAGCAAGGGGAAAGUGUUAGUGUUCUUGGAUGUCUCAAUUGACGGAGAUCCUUAUGAGAGGAUGGUUUUUGAGCUCUUUACUGAUCUUGCUCCCAAGACUUGUGAAAAUUUCCGCGCACUUUGCACUGGAGAAAAAGGUGUUAGUGUUAAAACUGGAAAACCACUACACUAUAAAGGAACAUUUUUCCAUCGUAUUAUCGAAGGAUAUGUGGCUCAGGGAGGGGACUUUCUUCGGAAAGAUGGUAAACAUGGGGAAAGUAUAUAUGAUGGAAAGUUUCCAGACGAGUCUACGAAACUGAGACAUGAUGGGCCUGGUUUGUUAUCUAUGGCUGUUGCUGAUCGCGACGAGCGGGGCUCUCUCUUCAGUAUCACCUUUAAGGCUGAUCAUCACCUUGAUAGGAAAAAUUAUGUCUUCGGCAAACUUGUGAAAGGCCAUGAACUGCUGAAGAAGAUGGAAAAUGUUGGAGAUGAGGAGGGAAAACCUACUGUGACUGUGAAAAUUGUCAAUUCUGGAGAACUGCACGAUGAUAAAAAAAAGGGGAAUAAGUUGAAAACAGGAAAGGAUGUGGCUGAGGAAAACAAUCAAGAGGCAAAACACAAGGGUAAGCACAAGAAGUCAUCAAAGAGGAGGAGGAAAAGAAGGAAAUACUACAGUUCUGAAUCUGAGAGCUCAACAGAAAGCGAUAUGGAUUCUUCAGAACCUGAUACUGAGUCUGAUUCAGAUGAUUCUUCCUUAAGUGACUCUAGCUCUUCAAGUGAUGAUAGGCACAAGAAACGAAAGAGAUCUAAGAGGGACAAACAUAGGCGUGGCAAGAAAAAGGAUAGACGACAUGAAAAGCGACGCAGGAGGCGCGAUAGAAAGUCAAAACGUAAAUCUAAAAGGGGUAGUUUUUCUGAUAGUGAGAGCGAGAGUAAAUCUGGAAGUAGCUCUCAAGAUGAUGCUGCAGUUGGUGCUUCUGAUGGGAAGCAUAAACCCUCUGGAAAUCAACUGCUCGAGAGAGAGAACGCAAAGCUUAAUCAUAAGAAAGGGGAGGCAGACAUUUCUGACAAGGAAGAGGGUGAGUUCCCAAGGGAAAAUGGAGACCAUCAAAGUAAUGGAAAUGGAGUAGGAAUUGGAUCUGACCGAGCUGCUGAUAGACACCCUGAUGUAUUGGAUGAUCUCCCAAGCAAAUCUAGGAGUCGAAGCUUGAGUCCUAGAAGAUCCAUGAGUAAAAGCAUGAGCCUCAGUCCGAGAAAUGCUGGCAAAAGUCCUAGGGCCGGUGCAAAAAAAAGCAGGAGUCGGAGUCCUAGUGGCAGGAGAAGCCCACAGUAUUAUGGCAGAAGCAGGAGCAAUUCUCCUGUUAGAAGUAGUCGCAGCAGGAGUCCUGCAAGGAGCAACAGGAGAGGGAGUCCCAGCAUGAGCCCACCAGCUAGGUCUCGUUCUCAACAAAGUCGUAGUAGAAGUAGAAGUGCCACCGGAUCUCCUCAAAGAGGAAGAGUGGUUCAGAGCCCAGUAAGGAACUCAUCCAGAAGAUCACCAUUGAAAUCAGUCAGCCGUAGUCCCGUGAGAUCUUCUCGGCGAAGUCCAAGCAGGAGCUCGGGCAGACCUUCUCGAAGGAGCAUAAGCAGGAGCAGGAGCCCAGUUCGAUUGACCCAUCGAAGUGUCAGCAGAAGCUCUGGUAGGGUCCCUGUUAGGAGAAGCCCUAGUCCAAGUCCAGUGAGGGCGCCUAGAAGGACCAAUCGACGCAGCUUCUCAAGGAGUCCGAUAAGCACAGGCCACCGGGGUAGGUCACCUGUCUCUGACCGUCGUAGGAGCUCGUCGAGAAGUCCUUCUGCUGAUGGAUCACCCAAACGCAUUAGAAGAGGAAGGGGAUUCAGUGACCGAUACUCAUAUGUCCGGCGUUACAGGAGUCGCUCUGCUGAACGGUCUCCUAUUAGGUCAUAUCGCUAUGGUGGUAACCGUGACCGAUACUCUAAUUACCGAAGGUCCCCUAGGCGUUAUCGGACACCACCUCGAGCGAGAACACCCCCAAGAUAUAGGGGCAGGAGAAGUAGGACCCGCAGUCCGAGCGUCUCUCGCAGUCCAAUACGCUACCGUGGCCGUCGCUAUAGCCGCAGCCGCAGCCCUGUUCGUAGCCGGUCCCCUUACCGUGGCUCACCACCAGCACGUCCUGAAAGGCGGAGGUCACCUUCCCCAAGCAGGAGCCCCAGCCCAUCCGCAUCACGUUCACGAUCACCACGUGGUUCAGAAUCCCCGAAGCGCUCGGAUAAAGGUCGUUCGAGGUCUUCCUCCGGUAGCCCCCCUCGCAAGACAGGCCUGGUCUCCUACGGCGAUGGCUCACCCGAUUCAGACCGUGAUUGAUUUUGCGCUAUGCUGUGUGAUCUCGAGUUUUACUUAUACGAGUAGUUUGUCGAAAUAUUCGGAACCCGGAGCAAUACUUAAGCGAAGGCUAGCUUCUUGUGUGUAUGGAACAAUGUUGUUUUUAGACUUUGAGCUGAAGAGAUGUUGGGCUUGCAAUCUCUUUCGUUACGUGGAAACUAUAUUUUUACCCAAUGUUAGGAUUAAUUUCUCGACA